ACCAAACGAGGUAUAAGCUUUCUCCUUCUUUCUCCCUUGCCUCUUCAACCCAAAAGCCACCACCACCACCACCGGUUUUCUUCACCGUCUGCCGCAAUAACCUUCAACCACCACCCCCCGCCUUGCCGUCGAACAUCAAUCUGUCACAGGCCGCCGGAGAUUCACAUCCAUCCUUCUCAAUCUCAUAUUCAAUGAAAUCCUUGUUGUUGAAUAAGAAUGUUUGCUUGUUAAGAUAAUUUUUGAAAGAAAAGAGGAGGUAAUGAAAAUUGCUUGAAAACCAUAGAUCAUAAUAAUUGGUCAGUGAGGAUUCAAAUAAUUAAAAUGAAAAACACAUUCAUUUUGUGGUUGGUUAGGAGGUGCAGAUGCUGUCAUGACAGUUUGGUUGCCCUUGCUGUGUUUAGCUCGGUUACUGUCAUGACAGCACAUGUUUUGUUGGCCGAAGGUGCUGGUUUUUGGGCUUAUGUUUACUAAUUUCUGCCUCAUUGAAAAACAUGAACAAGAUGAUCAAUUUAAUUUCAAGCUUUAGAUCACUAAGUAUUCAUAUGUUGUUUAGUGUUUACUUCAAUGCUUCUGUACACUCAAAAGAGACAAAUAUCUUCAAUUUUGCUAGCUAUAUCAGUUUUAUAUGGAAUAGAUUCUCAUUUAAAAUGGCUUUUGGGUUGAAGAGGCAAGGGAGAAACAAGGAGAAAAGCUUAUACCGUGUUUGGCUCUUUUUCACUUAAAAUGGCUUUUUGUUUUUUGUUUUAUUUUAAUGACUAUGUGCCACAUGUCAGCCUCUGAUUGGUAAUGUCACCAUACCAUUAGUUUUUCAAUGGCACUGAAGUGCCACCCGAUUUUAUAAGCUGUAAACGGUAAAACAGUAAAACACAUUGCAGCAGCAGCGGCGGCGCAAGAAGACUGCCGUGUUCUAAAGCACUGUUCAUGAAACACUCAAACAUGUCUUGCAAGGAUGUUGGUGAUGAGGUUAGGAAGGAAACAUUGGAGGUUCAUACCACAUUGCUAGAGAUCCAUAAUAAUGGCGGAAAAAGAAAAGGCAAUGAAGUGGUUGUUGGUAGCUCUAGAGAUAGUUUCAAGAGAAGGAGAGUUAGCUCACCAGGUUCCGUCGUUAGUUGUAAGAAUAAGAAGACUUCGAGAGAAGAAGCAUGUCAAGCUAUUGCAAGGUUUUUCUACAACAAUGUCAUACGGCUUGAUGCGGUAAAGAGUGAUGAAUUUAUUACUAUGUGUGAUAUGGUUUCAAAACAUGGUGUAGGGUUUAAGCCACCGUCUUUCGAUGAGAUUAAAGGGAAAUAUUUGACGGAUGAAGUUGAGUUUACAAUGGAAGCUUUGGCAGAACAUAGAGCUGUGUGGAAGAUAACAGGUUGCACCAUAAUGGUCGAUGACUGGUAUGAUGAGAAGGAGUUUAGGGACAUACUAAACUUCUUCGUAAACAGUCCAAAGGGAACAUUCUUUUUGAAGUCUGUUGAAUCAGCUGAUAUAAGUUCACCUGAAGAACUAUUUAAGAUGAUGGAUGACAUUGUUGAAGAAGUUGGGGAAGAAAAUGUUGUCCAAAUUGUGACGGACAGUGCAACAUACUAUGAAAAGGCUGGUGAGAUGUUGAUGAAGAAAAGGACUAGGUUGUAUUGGACACCUUGUGCAACACGGUGCAUUGAGAUGAUACUAAAAGAAUAUGAGCAGAUACCCAUUUAUAAAGAGACAACUGAAAAGUGUAGAAGAAUUGUAAUGUUUAUUUAUUCAAGUGAUUCUCUCAUUUCUCUAUUGCAGCACUUUGCCAAAGGAGUAAAUUUGUUUGGGAUGGAAACUGUUAUCUGUGUCUUAUAUUGCUUAUCUUUAUGCUGUCUUCAUGAGAACAGAGAAGCGUUGAUAAGAAUGUUCACAUCCAAGAGGUGGAAGUCCAACGAGUUUGCAGAGACAAAAAAUGGAAAAUUCGUCGAGGAUUUGGUUUUGGACAAGGAGUUUUGGAAAGAUGUUAUGAUUUGUUAUAAAGGUGCAAAUCCUCUGGUUCAAGUGCUUCGUUUGGUCAGUUCAAUUGACGAACCAGCCAUGGGUUUCAUUUACGAGGCAAUGGAGAAAGCUAAGGAGUUGAUACAGAGGCUUUCCAAAAGUGGCAUAGAAAGUUUUAAGCCUCUACAGGAGAUCAUAGAUAAAGGAUGGGACAAACAACUCCAAAGCCCUUUGUAUGCCGCAGGCUAUUUUCUUAACCCUCAAUUUCACUAUAGUCCUGGAUUUAGAGAUGAUAUCAAAGUUAAGCUUGGUCUACAUGAUUGUAUAACAAGGAUGGUGGCUGAUCCCGAAGAAAGAGCUAAGAUUGAAAUUCAACUUGAGGAUUUCGAUAAACAGGCAAAUGUUUUUGGUCAGCCCAUACCUGUAGUUACAGCUGAUGAAGAGACUCCACCAGUUUGGUGGGCAUCUAUUAUAGAUGGUCAACCAGAGCUCCAGAAAUUUGCAAUUCGUGUAUUAUGCUUGGCAUGCAGUUCUUAUGGGGGUGAGCGUAAUAAAAGUGCCUUCGAGAUGGUUCACGCUAAGAGGAGUACCAAUGAGAGGGAAGAUCAAAAGACUGAUAAUAAUGUUCUUUUUGUCAUGGCUAAUUCAAAAUGGACCGAAAAGAAGCGAUCCUCAAUUCAGCUAAAUCUUGACGAUAAUGGAGACGUUGAUGCUUUAGAUGUGGGGGACUUAGAUUUGAUUAUACCAUGUCUGAAGCCUCAAGAUGAUGUGGGGAUUGAUGGUUUGCAUGAUGAAAAUGCUAAUGGAGAUGAAGAUGAAAAUGAAGAUGGAGAUGAAAUGGGAGAUUCUAAUUGAAUUUGAAAUAUUUUCUAGAUUAAAUACAUAGAAUUUGACUACUUUUUAUUUGUGUUUAGGCCUUACUUCUUAAAAGCUUAAAGCUUAAGGUUAUAAUUUGUGACUUAUGAAUUGUGUGUACGACUGUCAUCAUAUGGGUUUUGAUUUAUGUUUAUUGA